AUGUUGACAGGAACGGCAUUGAUCACUGAAGCGGGGUCUGGCUUUGGCCAAAGCGCCGCAUACUCGCUGGCCCAGCAUGGUGUUCGCCAAUUCGCUCUCGUUGACACCAACAAAGCUGGGCUACAAGACACAGUGGAGGUGCUAGCGUCGCAACAUGACGUAACAGACGUAUUGGUCGUGUCCACGGAAUGUAACGACGAGAGUACCAUUGAGGAAGCCGUUCGGCUAGUAGUGUCACGGUUUGGGCGUAUCGACUUCGCCAUUAACAAUGUCGGCUUUGGCGGACCGUUGGGUGGGAGCCCCGACACCGCGCCCCCGGCGUUCGAAGCUCAUCUCAAAGAGCAUGUAACGGGCGUGUGGUUGUGGCAUCGUGCCGAACUACGCCAAAUGCUACAGCAAGAUCCGCGUGACGCGCGGUAUGGCCGUGGCAGUAUUGUACACGUCUGCUCCGUGCAUGCGUUCGUGGCCUCACCACCUCAGGUCGCUGCUGCUGCGUAUGUAGCGGGUCGGCACGCCGUGCUCGGUUUGAUACGGUCUGAGGGUGUUCUGUACGCGCCGCAGCAGAUUCGCAUCAACGCACUCUGCCCCGGGUAUAUCGCGUCCCCUCUGAUCGAGUCCUCGGAGCAGACCAAAGCCUUUAUUGGCAAUCUAGUGCGCGAGCGUGUACCCGCUGGUCGACUGGGAACACCAGAGGAGGUUGCUGAUGCAAUCGUAUACUUGGCCGGGCCUAUGAGUAGCUACAUGUUUGGCCAGUCGUUGGUGAUAGAUGGCGGCUACCUCGCUCAAUAG